GCGAAAUGUUUAUACUGUGUGAGGAGAGAUACCCAUAAGCGGAAAAGGGUCGAUAGGGGCCCGAUAUUUAUGCCUAAAUCUUUUGAAUAAAAUAGUCGGGUUAGCGUGUUUACUGCUGACCGCCGGUGAUCAUAUACCAUACUAGUUGUUUUUGUGUCUAUUGUAGCAUUGUUCUCGUGUAAGCCAGAUUGAGUCGGAAAAACACAAAAGAACAUGUAGAGCUUAUCUGAUAGAUUGCAGAUAUCGACGCGGCUAUUCUGAUAUCCUCCGACGAGAUGCCCGCUUCGCCAAAUCCGUCGCAGCCCACGCUGACUCUUCCGCGCCUCCUUGGGCAUGAAGACGAUCAUCGCAGUGGAAAAUCUUUUGUUGAUUUCGGAGACAGAAGCGGAUCGAGUUGUAAAGGAGACGGCAGAAGCAACUACAAAAAAGAUCGCAGUGUUUUUUACGAUGUUCAAAACCCCAAGAGCAUUUUUCUGCCCUCCGUUGGGAGCAAAGAGCGGCCACAGUUUCUGCAGCAAAGCAAUGUGUCCUACGUCUUCAACGCUGCAUCCGAGUGCGACAUUCCUACCGGGUCGUACGAUGCAACGGAUGCGGUUGUUGGUGGUGUGGAAACUCACAACGCUGACGUUGGUGUGCCUGCUGGGAGAAUCGCCGGUAACAAAGAAACAGGAACGAUCACUACCAUGCUUAACUCGAGUGUCACGAUGGCUCACGCUUCGGGUAUGUCUCAACAGAGUUCUUCAUGCUCAUCAUCAUUAUCUAGUGGUAACGCACCCGCUUUACUGACGCAGCUUCAGAAACCGGCCUCCUCUUCCCAUGUUCUCACAAAGCAGGUGCGAAAGCUCAGCGAUGCACUCCCUCUGUUACCCGGUCUUCCGAGAGGUGCAGUACCUGCUUCAACGAACAAUUUAUUGCUGAAUGGACCAGCUGCAGCUGAGCAAGACCCGUUGCAUGCGCACCAGACGGAUGAAAGUACUUCUAUGGCGCGACCUCGUACUUCGACGUCUAUCGGCGGUAAAGAUCUGACCUCCUUCCGACCGAUGAGCGAGCAAACGUUUCGCAGAUGUGCCAUGCAAGGUGAGCGCGAAAUCAGGCGCGUUCAUCGCAGUCUCCAACGCUUUAAUCCAAUGAAGGUAAUUAACGGGAUCCGUCGACCAAGUCGCUUUGACUACUGCGCAUACACGGGUCGACGAAAAAGCUCAGUUGCGUCGAGUUAUGCUGGACAAUUUUAGUUCUUGUCGAUCAUGUAUUAUAAUUACUAUUUGAAUAUUAUUCUUGAUUAGAGUUAGACAGAAGUUGUAAUGUUUGCUGGCAAUGCAUUCCAGCCUCAGGAGUAGUAUCAAUCUAUUGGAUGAUGCAUGAACUCAAGCAAGCUACUAGCUUUUCCAGGGAUCCUUUUCUAAGUUUCUGCAGCUGCAUUCGCCAUAGGUGGAAGUAGUUCGAAGAUUUUAGCAAGUAACGUUGGAUCAGCGUCCACUUCGCGUUCAUCCUCCAUCGCAACGGGCAUGCCUGGAGACCCAUCAGCUGCGUUCGCAGGUAGAACCGGGUCACCAUUCCACUUGCCUACGCUACUUUAUGAGAGAGUUGUCAAGGAAAGUUUUCAUGUUAGUUUGUGCCUAGUAUUCAUUGUAUCUUCCCUCUGGUUGAUGUAGGCUGUAUUAAAGCACCUACCAAGUUAUGUAUGCGCAACCAACGUAUGAGGGAUGAGCAAGGAGAAGCAUCUUUCUCUAAGUAGUUGCCGCUCUCGGGAAUAACGCAACAGCUGCGACGGGUUCGACCUAUGAGCGCCCCUUUUUUCGGAAAAUGAAUUUGGCACCACGUGGCUUCGUGUUAGAAUUGGAAAGGAAGAAACGCGAGAACGAUCGCACGAUCAUGCGCAAGCGAGAAGAGGGAAUGCAGGCAGCUGUUGCUGCUGCAGCUUUGCGAGCUCCGACAUGUAUGUCAUCGGCCUCAACACGACCAGGUGGCUUUGCGUCUUCCAAGAUAGGUAUUUCGAUCGGGCCUCUCUCACGACAAAACAAUAUCAGUGGCACACCUCGACAACUACAAGGUGACGCUUCUACCGCAGAUUCUUCUCCGAUGAAUGCUUCGCCGGCCAGACAGCUAGCGCGAAGGGCAGAGUUAGAGGCGGCUAAAAAGCGACAUGCACUAGCGAAGCUAGGCGUAGAAUCGGAAGAUGCCUAUAACACGCAGCCGCUGACAUAUCUGGAUGCCUUCGGACUUGUCUCCCCAACCGGACUGCCGUACAUUAAGGGAGAUGUUGUCUUAUUUUAACGUGGCUUGCCAAAGAAACAAGGUACAUUUUACAGCGUGAUGAUGAACAAGAUGGAGAAGAACUUCCGAAAAACUCUAUGCUUGUCGAUGACUGUAAACACUGACACAGACGUGACUUGAGUCCUGAAAAAUUGAGACUUUCUCUAAGCACAGCGUUUAUGGGACCUUCGGUUCGCGGAAAGAAAGCGUGAAGCAACAAUCGCCACGUGCGCUAGUGGCAGCGAGUAGCCCAGUCAAGCGGAAACUCCUGCAAGAAUUCGUGGAAGCUAGAGUAGCUUUUGUUUUCCAAUCUGUCUCUGAGUUUUUUAUCGUGCAGAGAACAUGUAUUAGAUCUAAGUCUGACACUAGCAGGAAAAAUGACUGGUCUCGAUUCAAUAUGAAGUGUUGAUUAUUAUUUGUUUGAUCUCCAACAACUUGCUUCUCCACAACAGGACAAGCGCGCAUUGUUGCUGAGUCGAAUGGAGAAGAAUACGAAGGCUAAGGAAACACCAAUGGAGCGCACCCGAGACCGGCGACGCGGCGUGCACUUGCAACUCGGUGCUCGUGGGGAGGACAGCAGCAAGUUGCGGUGUGUGGGUCAGGCGGAUCUAACGAGGAUGGCUAUGCUGGACCUGUUCGAGCGCGGCGGCCAAGAUCAAGACGAUUACGAAUUUGCCGAUGAGCACCUACAGAUCUUAAGGGUCGUAGCUUUGAGGUGUUCCGGUUCUUACCGUUUUUUUUUGCGCCUCCUAAAGGAGAAAAGCAUAACAAACGGAAAACAGGAGCAGCAACGGCCUACCGUUAAAGAUCUUGCGCAGGAAAGAGGAAGGGUCAGAGGAUGAUACCGAGAAAGUCCGUGAAGAAGCGCAGCGGUCGUGGUUCUUGUUCUUCUGUGUGGCUCAAUUUUGCUACUUCUUGCGCAAUCGCAGACAAAUCCGGGACAAAAUCAAGAAAGUAGUGGGUGCGCAUGUUGUGGUAUGGCUAGCGAUAAGGGUCCGUGCAGUUCACAUUGACAUGGCGCACUAAUCAACAAGAUUGUGAGAACUGCGUAUGCAGUACUAGACGCAUUCCCACUUGUAGACCACUGCUGAUUGAUGACAUUUCAGUACUAGUUUUUACGUUCUUUCAUUUGAACACGCGGCGACGGGAUCUAGUGGCGCAGACAAAAUUUUCGAUUUUUUUUCCGACGUUCGAGUACUCCUGGCUGCGCAACGAAAGCGGGAUAUGGAGGAGCAAGGGGACGCCGCAGUCGUGACAUUCGAGGAUGGCGUUGAGAAUGACACGUCGAGGGUGACGAAAAAAAAUCUUGGAAGCAGAAAAUCAGCUAGAAGCAAAGCAUCUUGGUCGACUUCAGCUGGGAGAAGAGAUAGUGAAAGAGGGAAUUCACGGAGGCGGUCGCCGCCGAAUGAAGCUUCAUCAAAGGGUACCCGAAGACGCGCCAGCAGCGAUCGCAGGGAGAGGCAAACUGUAGUUCAGAAGGAUGAUGCGCGCUUCGGCUUCGUCGUGACGCAAACGGUAGAGCACUCGCAAAGCGAUGACCGUGACAAGAAGUCCAGAACAAAAACAACCUCCACCAUCAUAUUACAAAACAAGAAGUUAGUCUCGAAGAAUGGAGGUGGAUCGCUUCUGGGUGAUUCAUCCAACAAGAGGCAUUCCAGGAACUCAACAUCUUUACCUUCUGGUGAUACAAGUACAACGGACGCUAAUCAGCCAGGGGAUGACGCAGAACAGCAGCCGCCGAGAGCGCACACACUCGAGGUGCUCCUGCGUAAGAAUCAAGAUUGGUCUGAACACCAGACGCUCUCAUCUUCCGGUGCUGUUGGGAAGGAUGCGGUUGCGCUGCUAGUGGACAGUGAAGGGUGUCCGAACCGUGAUCACAUCAAGGAACUCCUCGUCCCAGAAGCGAAACUGUGUUUUUUCCCAUUGCGUGUCUUCGUGCUGGCGUCAGAUUCCGAAAUCCAUCGACUACGAUCGGCUCAUGACUACAUAGCUUGCAAGCUUUUAGUACGGUUGCGAAGACGAAGAGCUCGCAUUAUGUUCGAGACCAUGCGGAAUUGGAGCAGGGGAGGUAAUACAAUUUUGGCCUUCAAAAAGUUUCAUCGAGGAUGCAGGCUCAUCCAGACCUGGUGGCGGAAUUGUCGAGCGCACAUGAAGAAAACACACGAAAAAUGCGCGAAAAUCUGGCUACAGAUAGAUUAUGAAUCAUGUCUAAAAACUAAAAUGAUAGAGCUUUUCCUUUUGUUCUCAUCGUACGCCAUUUUCUAAUUUCAUACAUCACUCCUAAAGCUUUUUUCAUCUGUGGUUUUUCUAUUUUUAAACUAAGAAAGCAAGUGUCACCCUUCGACCGUCCUUACAACUUUCAUAUCCUACGCGCCCACGUGAGAGAGCGCAUCAUGCGUGUGGAUAGCGGUGGUGUGGCCGAAGCCAUUCAGCUGCCGCUGAACGAACGGAUUUCACUAGCGUUGUUGCCCGACUCGGUACGAAGUGGUUUCAUUUCUGCUGAACUUCGCGCAAUGCGGUAUUACCUAUUGCCGGAAUUAUACGACUGGGUUCGCAAGGCCAAGAUCUACGAGGAAGAUCUCGGACGUUGGCGCGAAGAUCGACUAGCUGUCGAACUACUUUGUUGUCACUUUGACGUGCCGCCUCCGGAAGUCGUGCCGUUUCCGUCAUUGAAAGUGACAGUGCAGAUGGUGAAAGAGUGGCUUUUUCGGUGUCUGAAAGAGGGUUCCGAAGCCGCAACGAAGUGCGAGCCUAACUCGCUCCUUGGCCUGGUAGAGAGCCGUCCAGACAGUGUGGAAUCCGCCAGAGGCGUUUUUUCCUACAAGAAAUUUCACGACGUGGAGGAGGUGCUUGCCUGCCCACUAACGACUAUGGAUUGUUGCACUAUGACAGAAUGUUUUCCAUAUAGUUUCUAAUUUGUUUUUCUCUAACUCGAUCGUUCAGAGGUUUACUGUGUUCAUGAUUGGUGAGGAGUAGAAAUAUUCUCUCUCUCAGGUGGUUAAGAUACAGCUGUAGAAUAUUGCUAUUCUUGUUUGCAUCUUCUCUAAGCGAGACGACGACUCGCCUGCAGAAGGAGCAAGUGCUCGGAACUCAGUGUCGCAGAGGCAGUUGUCUGUGCAUUUACAGAAGAAAAUCCGGGAAAAAAAGAUGCGUGUCAGUCGGGAGGCGGGAAGCAUGCUGUGUUGAGAUUCUGUGUGUCAUCAAUACCAAAUAAGGUGGUGAAAAUAUAUUACAUCGAAGAUCGAAGUUUGUAUGAUUCACAAUUGAUGACAUUGCUUUGUUUUGUUACUCGUCGCUAUUUGUAUCCUUCAACAUAAAUGAACUCAGAUAUUUCAAUUUGAUUUUUGCAUUCAGUGAAUAGAUUUCACUUGCUUUCGAAGAAAGAUUGUUAGGCGUUGAAAUGAAUGGAUUGAAGAGUAUGUAAUAGAAUCUAUUUUAUUCUGCUUAGUCCGUCGGUAGUUGUGGUAAUGAUAGUCUUCUAGUCUUUUUUUGUUUCGUAAGUUCAGGGAGUUGUGUUAUGAGGUCUUCGUUUGGGAGGCCAUGCAUAGUUUUGAAUGUAGAAGUAUAAGGAGAGUACAACCAGAAUCAAGGCACGGAUACAAGUAUGUUGCUAUGGAUGAUGAGUAACACUACGUCCCAUUCCCAUAUUGCAGUAUCACUUCAUAAAACGAUAGUGCCAAUAGCAAGGAGACAUAGGAUAUUGCAGGCUUCCAACAAUGUCUUUUGAAACUUCAGAUGAUAGCAACAUGCCGAAUUCUAUGACAGACAUUUUCACGCUACAUUCAUGGAGACUACUAAAAACAGAUUCACCUCAUAAAGCUUGAGUACUGGCCUCUAUCGAUUAUCAUGCGAC